CCCCUGUCCCCUCCCCCACAGUCCUUCCUCUACCUGGUCUGGUACAUGGUCAUGUCCCUGCUCGGCCACUACAACAACUUCUUCUUCGCCGCCCACCUGCUGGACAUCGCCAUGGGCGUCAAGACACUGCGCACCAUCCUCUCCUCCGUCACCCACAACGGCAAGCAGCUGGCGAUGACGGUGGGGCUGUUGGCCGUGGUCGUCUACCUCUACACCGUGGUGGCCUUUAACUUCUUCCGCAAGUUCUACAACAAGAGCGAGGACGAGGACGAGCCGGACAUGAAAUGUGACGACAUGAUGACAUGCUACCUGUUCCACAUGUACGUGGGGGUGCGGGCGGGCGGGGGCAUCGGGGACGAGAUCGAGGACCCGGCCGGCGACGAGUACGAGCUUUACCGCGUGGUGUUCGACAUCACCUUCUUCUUCUUCGUCGUCGUCAUCCUGCUGGCCAUCAUCCAGGGCCUGAUCAUCGACGCC